ACAGAGUCAUUCCGAACCGUAAGCUUCACCCUGGAGCAUAUAGGCUUUAUAUGGAGCUCCUUAAGAGACAUGCUCUUUCAUUAAUGUCACAGAUCAGUGGGCAAAACUGUGAAAAGAUCAUGAAAUCAACGGACGAUGUUCUUCAACUUUCCAAUAUAUUUGGCCUUCAAGUUUGUGAACCUGGUCUAGUUCUAGUUGGAUUUGUUUUUUCUGUUGUAUGGCAGUUACUUGAUGCCUCAUUGGAUGAUGAAGGGCUGCUGGAACUUACUCCAGAAAAGAAGUCUAUGUGGUUAUCUGUAUCUCAAGAUAUGGAAAUAGACAAUCCUAACAGCUCUGGUGAAAAGAGAACUGAGCAACAUGAGCGGCUGUGCAAAGUAAAUACCACUAUGGCUAUAGAGAUAAUUGGAGAGUUCCUACAGGACAAAUUAACUUCAAGGAUUCUUUACUUGGCACGUCGAAACAUGCCACCACAUUGGGGAGUUUUCAUUCAGAGACUGAGAUUGCUUGCUGCAAAGUCAGGGGCAUUGCGAAAUUCAAAACAAAUAACUUCUGAAGUCCUUCUACAAUUGACAUCUGAUACACGUAGAGUUUUGUCUAUAAAAUGUAAAACAAUAUCACAGCAAGAGUGUCAUGCGGUCAUAAAUUCUGGAUCUCUAAUGUCUUCUUCUCGAGAAUGCCAUGGAGCUACUCGUUCUGCACUUUGGCUUCCUAUUGAUCUGUUUCUGGAAGAUGCAAUGGAUGGUUCACAGGUUGCAGCAACUGGUGCUGCUGAUGUUCUUACUGGUUUGGUAAAGGCUUUGCAAGCAGUUAACAGCACCACAUGGUGUGAUGCAUUUCUGGGCCUAUGGAUUACGGCUUUACGGCUUGUCCAGAGGGAAAGGGACUCCAGUGAGGGUCCUGUGCCUCGUCUUGACACUUGCUUGUGCAUGUUGUUGUCUAUUACAACACUUGCAGUGGCCAAUAUUAUUGAAGAAGAGGAAGGUGAGUUCCUUGAUGAUAAUGAAAGCAGCCCAACUAAUCAAAGGAAAGAGCUACGAGCCCCAAGAAAAUGUCGUAAGGGUUUAGUUUCCAGCUUACAGAUGUUGGGUGAUUAUGAUGCUCUGUUGGCUCCGCCUCAAGCUGUCCGUUCAGUAGCAAACCAGGCUGCUGCAAAAGCAAUCAUGCUCAUUUCUGGCCUUACGGUUGGUAAUGGAUAUUCUGAAAGCAUUAGUAUGAAUGACAUGCCUUUGAACUGUUCUGGAAACAUGCGACAUCUAAUUGUUGAGGCUUGUAUUGCUAGAAAUCUGCUAGACACAUCGGCAUAUCUAUGGCCAGGCUAUGUGAACACACGUGGUAACAUGCCCCGUAGUCCUCCUAGCCAAAUGCCUGGUUGGUCAUCAUUGAUGAAGGGAUCCCCUCUAACUCCAUCAUUGACAAGUACUCUGGUUGCAACUCCAGCUUCUAGCUUAGUAGAGAUCGAGAAAAUAUAUGAGAUUGCAAUCAAUGGUUCAGAUGAGGAGAAAAUAGCUGCUGCAACUGUUCUUUGUGGGGCAUCUUUAGUUCGUGGUUGGAGUAUACAGGAACACACUGUUCUUUUCAUUGUAAGGUUGUUGUCACCUCCAGUUCCUGCAGAUUAUUCUGGAACUGAUAGCCACUUAAUUCAAUUUGCUCCAUUCCUGAAUGUUCUUCUUGUUGGAAUAUCCCCUGUAGACUGUGUACAGAUUUUGUCUUUGCAUGGCUUGGUUCCACUACUUGCUGGUGCAUUAAUGCCCAUCUGUGAAGUUUUUGGGUCUUGUGUUCCAAAUGUUUCGUUGACUCUUCCAACAGGGGAAGAACUCUCAUGUCAUGCAGUGUUCUCUAAUGCAUUUACUCUUCUACUAAAAUUGUGGAGGUUUAAUCACCCACGUAUUGAACAUGUUAAGGGAGAUGUGACACCAGUUGGCUCUCAACUAUGUCCUGAAUAUCUUUUGGUGGUUCGAAACAAUCAACUAGCAUCUUUUGGAAAAUUGCCAAGGGAUCGCUUAAAAUGCCAGAGACUGUCACAGACUUUAGAUUUCUCUUUAGAUCCCAUAGUUUUGGACUCUUUUCCCAAGUUAAAACGCUGGUAUCGGCAACAUCAAGAAUGCAUUGCCUCCACGCUCUCUGGGCUUGAACAAGGGACGACUGUUCAUCAGAUUGUUGAUGCACUCCUUCAUAUGAUGUUCAGAAAGAUAAACAAGGCUGGCCAAUCCUUUACUGCUACAACGUCUGGAAGUAGUAAUUCAUCUGCAUCUGGAGCGGAGGAUGUCUUUAUCAGGCUGAAAGUGCCUGCAUGGGAUAUCCUGGAAGCAGCUCCCUUUGCACUUGAUGCGGCUCUAGCAGCAUGUGGUCAUGGAAAACUCUCUCCCCGUGAAUUGGCUACAGGACUCAAAGAUCUUGCUGAUUUUCUCCCGCCAACUCUGGCAACCAUUGUCAGCUACUUUUCUGCUGAAGUAACACGGGGUAUAUGGAAGCCGGCUUUCAUGAAUGGUACUGAUUGGCCAAGCCCUGCUGCGUAUCUAUCCACUGUUGAGCAGCAAAUCAAGAAAAUUAUAGCUGCCACUGGUGUUGAUGUCCCCAGCCUUGCAGUUGGGGGGAACUCUCCAGCUAUGCUUCCUUUGCCGUUGGCUGCCCUAGUUAGCCUCACAAUAACCUAUAAACUUGAUAAAGCAUCUGAACGCUUUCUCACAUUAAUAGGCCCAGCCUUGAUGUCCCUUGCUGAAGGUUGCCCUUGGCCAUGCAUGCCUAUUAUAUCCUCACUUUGGGCUCAGAAAGCAAAGCGCUGGAGUGAUUUCCUUGUGUUUUCUGCUUCUCGUACUGUCUUCCAUCAUAGUAGUGAUGCCGUGGUUCAGCUCCUUAGGAGUUGCUUCACAUCCACUCUUGGGCUCAGUCCUGCCCAUGUUUGCAGCAACGGUGGAGUAGGUGCGCUCCUUGGCCAUGGAUUUGGUUCUCACUUCUGUGGGGGUAUGUCUCCAGUUGCACCAGGGAUUCUGUACCUAAGGGUGCAUCGAUCUAUUAGAGAUAUCUUGUUCAUGACAGAAGAAAUUCUGUCUCUUCUAAUGACUUCAGUCAGAGAUAUUGCUAAUAGCGGGCUACCACGGGAGAAACUGGAGAAAUUGAGAAGGACAAAGUAUGGAGUGAGAUAUGGGCAAGUUUCUCUUUCUUCAUCAAUGACACGCAUCAAACUUGCUGCUUCACUUGGGGCUUCAUUGGUUUGGAUAUCUGGUGGAUCGAGCUUGGUACAUUCCCUGAUCAAAGAAACCUUACCAUCUUGGUUUCUAUCAGUCCAUGCAUCAGAUCAUGAAGGUGGGGAAUCUGGAGCUGCAGUUUCUAUGCUGGGGGGUUAUGCACUUGCAUACUUUUCAGUUCUUUGUGGGACAUUUGCUUGGGGCAUUGACUCAACCUCAGCAGCAUCAAAGCGAAGACCAAAGGUUCUCGGAGCCCACUUGGAAUUUCUUGCCAGCGCAUUGGAUGGGAAGAUAUCUCUAGGUUGUGAUUCUGCCACUUGGCGAGCAUACGUGACUGGAUUUGUGAGCUUGAUGGUCUCUUGUACACAAGCAUGGGUGUUGGAGGUUGAUGUUGAUGUUCUGAAAAGGAUGAGCAAAGGAUUGAAGCAGUGGAAUGAGGAAGAACUGGCUCUGGCCCUGCUGGGACUCGGUGGCGUUCGUGCUAUGGGUGCAGCUGCAGAACUGAUCAUUGAAGAUAGGGUUUAGAUUUUGUUAGUGAGCCUUUAGGUUUGGAUGAUGAUACAGGGCAACUUGUAUACUUUUUAUUACAUUUAAAAAAAAAAGAAAAGAAAUCACAGUAUGUAGCCUUAAGCAAACAGCUUUAGAAUCGUUCAGUAAAUAUGGUUCAAAUUCAGCACACUUAAGGAUUAGCCAUAAUUGGAUUAGGCUAAGGAAUGGAUUCCAAUUUUGCAAACUAAAGUUAUUGCACUCAU